CGAGUGUCGCUUAAACAGUCUGGUGUGCCAGGUAAAGUCCUGAACCAUACACGGAUAUCCAGACGUUUCCAAGAAUUUUCUGAUGCCCUCAGAGCCAAGCCCUAUCAGCGGCAGCGGUCUGCUCUUGAACAGCAGUUUUCUGAUUUCCUGGUUUCUUUGUCUCCCCCGAAGUGCAUUUCUUCUUGCACUUCAGAUGAUGUUAUAAAGUUUUUGAUAAGUAAGGAUAGCUCGGAAAGGACUGUGGUGCAUAGUCAGCUAUUCCCUAAGGCUAGUUGCAAUUGCCCAACGCCUUUGGCUGGCGCACGGUAGAUUCUUUGUUGGAGAAAUUUAGGGCUGUUUUCAACAAUAUUGGCCGUUCGCAUCAUUCUAACCCCGUAGCACACCCUCACGUUAAAGAAUACCUUAAAUUUGUUCGCGAGGAACAGACUAGCAAGGCUGUUGUCCCUUCCCAGGCAGUGCUUAUGUUUUUCAUU